UCCUAUAUUAUCAUGGAAAUAUGACCAGUCCAAAUGCCACAAAAGGCUAAAAACCAAAAACAAGCAGGCAAGUGACAUUAAGCGCUUUAGACCUGCUUCCACGCAUGUCCAUCGACGCAACGUUUCGGCUUCCGUCCUCCACCUCUCGGCCACGUUUCAUGCAGGUACAUCCUCAUGCAAAACCAGCCUCUGAAUCACCGUCCUCUUCCCAUAUAAACCAUGCACGCUUGUUGAACAUUCCAGUUCUUUAUCAUCGAAAACCAACCCAGAAACAAAGUGAACUAGAAAAAAAGAAAGAAAUGAGCCCAGCGAGAGACACGUUCACAAGCAUUCUCAUGCUUCCAUGGCUUGCUCACGGCCACAUCUCUCCAUUCCUUCAGCUCUCCAAGCGAUUUGCGGAUAGAGACAUCCACAUCUACUUCUGUUCCACACCUGUGAACCUUGCCUCUAUUAAACCAAAGCUUGUAGGCACCAAAUACUUCAGCAAGAUAAAGCUCGUUGAGCUUCAUCUUCCUUCACUGCCAGAACUUCCUCCUCGUAACCACACCACGAAAACACUACCUCCACACCUCAUGCCGACCCUCAAGAUGGCCUUUGACAUGUCGAGCUCCAGCUUCGCUGAUAUCUUGAAGCUGCUUGACCCGGAUAUGGUCGUUUACAAUUUCCUCCCACCUUGGGCGCCGGCGAUUGCCUCAUCGCUGGGCAUCCCAGCGGUCGAGUUCAUGUGCACAAGCGCGACGAUGUGCGCUUUUGUCAGCCAUGCUAGCAUGAAGCCCGGUGUCAAGUUCCCGUACCCGGAGAUCUAUCUUCAUGAUCAUCAGGUCGAUAAGUUCACCAACUUGCUCGAGUGUUCUGCUAAUGGGAUCAAAGAUUGCGAACGAGUGUUCCAGUGCUAUGAACGGUCCUCGGACAUGAUCAUGAUCAAGGGCAUAGGGGAAAUCGAGGGAGAGUAUAUUGACUACCUAUCGUUCUUGAUAGAUAAGAGGGUGGUCCCACUCGGCCCGCUUGUGGAAGAUACUGUGUUUGAAGAUGACGAAAAAUCUGAAAUUUUGGACUGGCUCGACAACAAGGAAGAGAAGUCGACCGUCUUCGUGUCGUUCGGGAGCGAGUACUUCCUCUCGAAGCAAGAAAUGACAGAGAUAGCUCACGGCUUGGAAGCCAGCAAAGUGAACUUCGUCUGGGUGGUGAGGUUUCACGACGGAGAGGGAGAUGCAGCCGCAAACGGCAGAUCCCACUUGCCAGACGGUUUCCUCAAGAGAGUCGCAGGACGAGGCCUGGCUCUAGAAGAAUAAUCGCCACAAGCGGCGAUACUGCAACACUUAAGUAUCGGUGGGUUCGUGAGCCAUUGCGGAUGGAGCUUGGUGAUGGAGAGCAUGAGGUUCGGGGUCCCGAUCAUCGCGAUGCCGAUGCAGUUCGACCAGCCUGUGAACGCGAGGGUGGUGGAGGAGGUCGGUGCCGGCAUGGAGGUGAGGAGGGACAAGGUGGGGACAAUCCGGAGCGUGGAGGUGGCGAGGAGCAUAAGGAACGUGAUCGUCGACAAAGUGGGGGAGAGAGUGAGGCAGAGAGCGAGAGAGAUGAGAGGCAUUAUGAGAAGGAAAGGUGAUGAAGAGGUUGAUGGGGCUGUAGACGAGCUCUUGCAAGUGUGCAGGAAGAGGAACUGGGGUAAAGAGAAUCAUAGGAUUUUAGUACCCGACUGAUGAUGCUAACUGUCCUGUUCAUGUCAUCCUAGAAAACUAAAUACUCCCAUGUUAUGUUGACUACACCGAACGAAUAAGCAAAGCCUCUAUUGUAUCGCA